CUCGUCCCGCGGUGCCCGGGGAAGAGCCGAGGGAGGACUGAGAUGCCCCGUUGUUGCCACGUGAGGAGCCGGGAGCGAAGGAGAUGAGUCGGGAGGGAGGUGAUGGAAUGGGUGACGUCAUCAGGAAAGCAGCUGCACCGGCCGGGGAGGGGAGUUAUAAAAAGGCCCAGAAGAAUGAGCGGGAGUCCAUCAGGCAGAAGUUGGCCCUGGGCAGUUUCUUCGACGAUGGCCCGGGACUCUACACCAGCUGCAGCAAGAGCGGCAAGCCCAGCCUGUCAUCCCGAUUACAAAGUGGGAUGAACCUGCAGAUCUGCUUUGUGAACGACAGCGGCAGCGACAAGGACAGCGAUGCCGACGACAGCAAGACAGAGACCAGCCUGGACACGCCGUUGUCACCCAUGAGCAAGCAGAGCUCGUCCUACUCCGACAGAGACACGACAGAGGAGGAGUCAGAGUCCCUGGACGACAUGGACUUCCUCACCAGGCAAAAGAAACUCCAAGCUGAAGCCAAGAUGGCCUUGGCUAUGGCAAAGCCCAUGGCCAAAAUGCAGGUGGAGGUGGAAAAGCAGAACAGGAAGAAAUCGCCGGUAGCGGAUCUUCUGCCACAUAUGCCUCAUAUAAGUGAAUGCCUGAUGAAGAGAAGUUUGAAACCCACUGAUCUAAGAGACAUGACUAUCGGGCAGCUACAAGUGAUAGUCAAUGAUCUGCACUCACAGAUAGAAAGCUUGAACGAGGAGCUGGUGCAGCUGCUACUGAUCCGGGACGAGCUGCACACGGAGCAGGAUGCCAUGCUGGUGGACAUCGAGGAUCUCACCAGGCACGCUGAGAGCCAGCAGAAGCACAUGGCAGAGAAGAUGCCGGCCAAGUGAAGCCGGGAACGCCGGGAGCAGAGCUGGAGAGAGCCCUCAUCCUGCUGCUGUCCGUGUCCCAGGAAUCCAGUGUUAGUCCAUGACCAUGUCUGAAGCUUUAUGUCGGUGAUUGGCCUCUGCUUCUUAAUUUAUUUUAAUUUUUUUACUCGUGCCACUAAAUAUCAGGCAUUUUAAUAAUAUUAUUACAAAAAAAACCCUGUACAGUACUUAUAACAUUAUAAAACCAUGGGCGAGAAGAGAGGGUAGUUUAACUUUAUUUUUGUUUGUUUAGAGAUUUUUUUUUUGGUUGAAUGAUAUUUUUUUCCCAUUGACUACUUUUUUAUUCUUCACUGUAGUUUUAAAAUAAAGAAAACUGUACUUGACGGUGCUAUACAAGUCAAAAAAAAAAAAUACAUGCCUGCCUCGUAGUGAAGUUGUAGCUUUCAGUAAUCUGUAUAUUUUAAUCAGUUCUCAACAUUUUGUGAAUGUUGACUACCUGACAUUCAUUUUUAGAUGUGCUAUUAACACUCGGUCGGGUUCAGAGAGUUGAAAGUUUUAUGUAUAAAGCUGUAAAAUAAAAAGGAAAAAACUUGUUUCAUAUGACA